AUGCUUCGCCUUCAGUACCAAGUUCGCUAUAUGCUUGUUUUGGAAUACAGUUGCUACCUCGAGCGCAGUGCUGAAUUGUACACUUAUAAGACGGCGCCAUAUGAGGCCGACUUCAUAGAGACUCAUAUGUUUGCCGCUGUGCACGAUGGAAGUGAUGCAAUCGGACUGAGAGUGGCCAAAACAGUCGUUGAAUGGUGGAAUAGAAAGUACUCUUUAUGCGAGAAAAUAAAGCGCAUGAGGUACUUUGGAUGUGCACAACAUCAGUACUGGUGGUUGAAACAUGGGAUGGAGUAUCGCAGAAAUUAUCUUGUCUGCUCAUUUGGUAACCUGCAAAGUGUGAAACAAUUUGUUAACAUGAAAACUGACCUUGGAACCCUUCACAUUAAACCUUAA